AUGGCCUCUGUGCGUUGUAUUGAAUAUAUAAGAAAGCCAGAGUUCAGCUGGCAGUUGAAACUGGUGAGGGAUGUGAAAAGCAACAAGAAGGGCUUCUACAGGGGUGUUGGGAACAAAAAUAUGACCAAGAAAAACAUGGGCUCAUUGCUGAAUGUGUUGAGGAAAAUAGGAGGUGGAGGAUUUGGAGAAAUUUACGAUGCACUGGACUUGCUUACUCGGGAAAAUGUUGCACUGAAGGUCGAAUCAGCUCAGCAGCCAAAGCAAGUACUGAAAAUGGAAGUAGCUGUGUUGAAGAAAUUGCAAGGAAAAGAUCAUGUCUGUAGAUUCAUUGGAUGUGGAAGGAAUGACAGAUUUAACUAUGUGGUCAUGCAGUUGCAGGGUCGGAACCUGGCAGACCUGCGUCGGAGCCAGUCUCGAGGAACAUUCACAAUUAGUACCACUCUGCGGCUUGGGAAGCAGAUUUUGGAAUCUAUUGAAAGUAUUCAUUCUGUGGGAUUCCUGCACAGGGACAUAAAACCGUCUAACUUCGCAAUGGGACGUUUUCCUAGCACCUGUAGGAAGUGUUACAUGCUGGAUUUUGGCUUGGCACGGCAAUUUACCAACUCAUGUGGGGAUGUCAGACCA